UUGAGGUUCUUCUUAGACACAAAGAAGGGUAGAUAACACAGUGAGCCACAUACAAUCUCCUCCUCUCCCUUUCUGAUUAUAUACAGCCAUUACAGGAUCGAAAGAAAUUCGAUACAAGCUCCUGCAGGAAGAUCGGGCGGUUAAAAUGGAAGACAAUGUGCCCCCUAAGAGAUCAGAGUUCAACAAGGGAGCAUGGACGGCUGAAGAAGAUAGAAGAUUGGCUGAGGUUAUUGCAGUUCAUGGUGCUAGAAAGUGGAGGACAAUUGCAAACACUGCAGGUUUAAAUAGGUGUGGCAAAAGUUGUAGGCUGAGAUGGAUGAAUUAUCUUAGGCCUAACAUCAAGAGAGGAAAUAUAACAGACCAAGAAGAGGACUUGAUACUUAGGCUUCAUAAACUCCUCGGAAACAGGUGGUCUUUGAUAGCAGGGAGAUUACCAGGGAGAACAGAUAACGAGAUCAAGAACUACUGGAAUUCUCAUUUGAGAAAGAAAGUGAACCAGAACGAGAAACAAAGUGGAGCUUCAACAAGACAAGGCUGCAAUGCUCAAAAGAGACUAGUGGAGAAUGACAAAGAACAGGGUAGAGAAGAGAAUACAUCUCCAGGAUGCGAGGACUCGAAUAUCAACUUCAAUGUGGACGAGCUCUUCGAUUUCUCCAACGAGGACACCCGCAUCUUGGAGUGGGUGAGCAGAUUUCUCCAAGUUGAUGAGGCCUUUAACUGAAACAUUAUGGAACAGC